UCUCUAUAGUUUUUUCCUAAGAAUUCGGGUUUUUUUUGGGAGGAAUUCCUGAAUUUAAACAAUGCCACAGUAGUUCAAUACUGUUAUUGUGUAUGUUUUUCUACCACUGUUUUACUAGAGCCCUGGUACAAAUUUCAGUUUAUGUUUGUGCUGUUUUCUUUUGCCAAUCAUAUUAAAACUUACUGAGUUUACACCAAAAAGGGCUCCUGAAUGUUUGGCCGUCAGAAUCCUGUGCUUAGGUGCUAUCAAGGAAACCUCUAUCAACCUUCAGAUUGAAACUGGGUACUGAGCUGUUUAAAGUUGCUUGAAGAGAGCAGCUGACAUCUGCUGAACAGAUCUGUCAAAAGCUGAACCGGCCUCCUCGCUACACACGUUCUACAGGCAGCUGGUUUACAGAGCUGUUUUACUGAUGGAGUGGAGCCUCUGCUCUGCAAUUGCUGCAGGUCUUUCAUGCAUGCCAUGAGCUUUCUUGAGGAGCAGCCAGGGUUUGGCAGAAACGCAGCCUUAGCGUUCACCUGCGUUACGAUCCAGUUUGAGAGGAGACGCCGAGGCCUCUUCUCCACCGUCUUUAAGCUCUCUGUUAAACCCGGCUCUGCCCGCGACCUCGCCACCGCUUUCAAUGACCGGGGCCAAGUCAAAUACUUGCGAGUGGAGUUCGCCGCUGCCAUGGAGGACUACACGGCCGCCAUCGAGUGCCAGCCUGGCUUCGAGGUGCCCUACUACAACCGGGGCCUGGUGCUCUACCGGCUGGGAUGCUUUGAUGAGGCCAUGAAAGAUUUCAGAAAAGUGUUAGAGUUAAACCCCCAGUUUGAAGAUGCUGCAUUGAGCCUAAAACAGGCUAUCCUUGAUAAAGAAGAAAAACAAAAGCGGAGUUACUGAAAAUGCAGCUAGUGGUGUGGAAAUGUUUCGCUAGUCAUGAGUGUUAUCACUGAUUGAUGAAACACAAGAUCAUAUCCAUCCAUUACAGUGAAGAAGCUUCAUUCUUGAGUAAAUAAGUCAUAAAUGGAUUAUGAUUGCAAAAUAAAAUGAGGAAAAACAUAGUAUUAGACCUCUGGGAGAUAGAUGUUGGAAGCUUAGUUACAGCAAAUCUGUUUCUCUUAUUAAAAUGUUUUCAUGGAUUGUUUUAAACAGGUGAUCAUAGGGAAGAGAAACAAUGAGACACUUCAACACUUAAGAUUUGAGCAUGUGAGAAGUACAGUGAUUAAAUAAUGGUAAUGUUUUAUCUACAUUUAAAAAUGAACUGAUUUAAGGUACUAGUAGAGUUUUCAGUUGUAAGGUGGUGUCUUCAAGAUGCUGUGGUAUCUGAUUGUCAUUUCAGAGUGUUUUUUAAUUAAAAAAACACUUAACAGAAACAAUGAUGCCUAAAAAGAAAUGUGCAACAAUUCAGUCCUUUGUACAUUCAUUCACUCCUAGAGAUAACUUUAAUCAGGAACAGAGCAUACCUAUAUUUUUGUGAUCUUAUUGUAAAAGAUUAAUAAUUGAGCAGAUAAUGUAGUGAACUUGUACUUUUUUUCUCUUGUCUGUAAAGAGCUAACAGUAGAGAAUGUGGUUUGGCCAUUCACAGUAGGAAUUGCAUCUUUCUCCUUUUUACUUGAAAAAAAUGUAAUAUGUGUUGUAUCUGACUGAACUGGCUGUGAAUACCCAGGCAGCCUCAUUGCUUGUGUGUAGGAGGGACCAUUGCUGGGAUCUCUAAAUUGUCAAUGGUAAAAGCCUUUGCAUUUUUGUAGCAGUGCAAGUUCUAAUAAAAUAAGUACUCUUUGAUUGCUCACGUGAGCAUUACAAUUAAUUCUUUAAGACAAAUCAAGCUGAUGACACUUCUGCUUCUUAAUGGUGAGUUUGUUUGUGGAUGAUCCAGGAGCCUGCACGACUGUGUGGCUUGUUGAAUAUAGUGGAAUCAUUUGAGUUAGUCAUGAAGACAGACUUGAGCCUUUGAGUAUGUUCCUCAGCGGCAUCUUCCCCAGCAGCCUUACUGAGAUUGCAUUCAGCUGUAAGAUGUGCUGGUUUGAGGCUAACCACCCAUUCUUCUGCUCAGAAACGCCACUAGUCAAAAUAUAUGACACUCCUCAGACACUUGUCAGCUCUUACUUCUGGCUCUGCCUUCUUUCUGGCGGUCUGGUCUCUGUGGCUGCCUCUGCCUUAACUCUAAUUCGAUCUAACCCUUUUUCCUCUAAGUUCCUUGCUCUCUUUUUUUGACAUCUCACUUCAGAUCUCCACUUUUACCACAUGAGAUAUACAAGGGUUGAUCUGGUUAUUUAUUUCUGAAGGAAGGGAAAGAGGGAGGGGUAAGGGGAGAUUGGGUCAGGAGUCCUCCUGGGGACUUGAUAUUUUCUGGGAGGGGUAUUAUGUUUCUGUGUUACUUUUAACUUGUAUAUAUUUGUGUAUAUCUGUUUGUAUGUUGUGCUAAGCUGUAAAUAUAGCUUCAUUCUUUAAUUUCCA